AUGGCCGAUCAACUGUCGGAGCUGUUGACUGAAGCGAAUCUCAUCAACGAAAAGAUUGCAAUGGUAACAAAAUAUCAGGAUGAUGACGAAGACGAUGAUGGUGAUGACGAGAUAGAAGAAGAUGAUGAUUAUGACGUCACAGGUUGCUAUGAUGAUAAUGAUAAGGAGGAGAGAAAGAUGUGCCUGACCAGAAACAUCCACAAACUAACGGACGUCGUGAUUGGCUGUCAGACUCACCAGAAAAAUGUUAUGAAGCAGCUGAUUGCUGGUCUGCAAAAAUUGCAAGAGAUGAAUGAAACAUUAUCUUCAUCGUUAUCGUCGUCAUCGUCGUCCUCACCAUCAUCAUUGUCCUCAUCAUCAUCCUCUAUGUUGGUAACAUCAAAAUCUUUCUGGGACAACGGCAAUCACAGUAGAAAUGACAUUAACAACAACAACAACAGCAGCAACAACAACAGCAACAAUAGCAACAACAACUACAACAGCAACAACAGCAACAGUAACAACAAAACUUACAAGUUUUUAAACGAAUCAACAGCUACGUUCAACAGCAUCAAAUCAUUUAAUAUAUCCAUCGAUCCGUAUCGCGAAGAACUCAACCUAGCAAAGCAGCUCCUUCUCAGGGUGCAGGUUCUAAAGAGGAACGCGUCGAACGCCAAACAUCCAACUAAUUCCACUGCAUUACAAAAAUUAAAUAAAAUUUCACUAAAACUCCAACAUCUAUCUAAUUUGAAUGACGAAAUUGAUGAAAAACUUUCCGCCACUAAUGAGAUUAGCUCGAUGUUGAAAAAGGACUUUGAUGAAUUAAAGGUUUUGGAAGGGACGAAAAAAGUGAAUGAGGGAAAAAUGCGGGAGGUUUGUGAGGAAUGGAGCAGUGGUAUGGAGCUGAUGGAAGUGGAAAGUCUAAAGAUUGUCGGCCACUCAACCAUUGAAUCGGCCAGUAGGUUGAUUGAGAAAGUCCAAUCGCCAAACUAUUUUCAAUCAGUUGACCGUCUUAGUGUAAUCCUUGAAGAAAUUUUAAACAUUUCCGAUGGAGUCGAACGCCAGUCCAAAGACCUGCUACAUCAAGCUGACGUUUGCGAAGCCACGGCGGGGAACUUGCAAGGACGGCUGGAGGUGUCAAUCAAAGAAUAUGAGUCACUCAUUCGUCGUCGUCAUCAUCAUCAUCAUGGUGGAGGGGGUGGGAGUGGGGGUGGUGCAAGUGCUAUCGACGGUUAG